AUGCAAUAUUAUAUAUAUAAAACACUCCUUGCUUGAUGCUUUAUUCAUCUCCAUCGCCAUCCUUUCUCUCUCCCUCUCUCUCAACACAAAAAUCUCUGUAUUUUCGUUUCAUUACUCAGAAAUCGUAAUCCAAGUCUCGGCCAUCAAAACCCAGAAACUGAGCGUUAAACCCAUUUGGUUGACAUCCUCACGUACAUUUCUCAAUUCUCCCCUAAUAUUACCCCUCAAACCACGAUUUCUUUUACAAACAUCAUGUGGACGCUGGAGCCAGAAUCAACUUCAGGCAAUCGUAUCUUUCCAGCCAAGAGGGCAACUUGGUUUGAGGUGGUCAUAGCCAGAUGUGAAGUAGCCUCGUUGAACGAUGGGUGCCAAUGGGCUUUGGAGGACACGCUUGGUCCAAGUGAUAUUGAUGCCCAAUACUAUUAUAGUUACAAAGCAGCAACUCCAGAUAGCCCAGUUAGUAAACAGUUGAACGAUGGGUUGCAUAAGGUUGGUGCACGAAAUCCUUUUCCACGAGACCAUUAUAGGUGCAUCAAGGCUCCAGCAUGCCCAGCUUGGAAAGAGGUGCAGAGAUGCUGUGAUAACAUGUCUAUACUCAUAACACGGUAUCAAGGUAAACACAACCAUCCACUUCCAACUGUCAUGGCUUCCACUGUUGUUUCAAAUGAAACCUCCACUUUCACCCAAGCAUCCCUUCCGCUUCCUUACCAACCUUAUCAUGGUUCUUAUAUGAUAAAAAUGUCUUCUCAUCCACCAAACAUCAAAAGUAUAAACCCUAACAACCCUAACCCUUCCAAAGGAAUUGUUCUUGACUUUACAAGUGACUCUGACGAUCCACCUCAAUUUAUGGUGGACAAAUCACUAGUGCGAGACCAAGACCAAAACCAGGCUCCCAAGAUUCUAGUCGUCGAAGACCCAAACAAAGAAGUCCAAUCAAACCCAUCCACAACAAGCACCUCAUUUUCCAGACCUCAUUGCAAUUAUGACGUUUUCUUGAGUUUUAAAGGUGAAGACACUCGUAAGAACUUCACUGAUCACCUUUAUUCCGCUUUAGUGCAACAAGGAAUUCGCACAUUUCGAGAUGACGAGGAACUUCCAAGAGGUGAGAACAUCUCAACCGAACUUCACAACGCGAUUCGAGGAUCAAAGAUUUUCAUUGUAAUUUUCUCUCAAGGCUAUGCUUCUUCCAAGUGGUGUCUUAAUGAGCUUGUGGAGAUCGUGCAGUGUGAGAAUAAGAAUACCAUAGGCCACACUCUUCUUCCCAUAUUUUAUCAAGUGAAACCCUCGGAUGUUCGAAAACAAACCGAAACUUUUGCGGAAGCCUUUGCUAUGCAUGAAGAGCAGUUUCAAACCGAUAUGAAGAUGGUGCAGAGGUGGAGGGAAGCUCUUACUGAAGCUGCAAAUUGUUCUGGCUGGGAUCUCGAGAGUCUUGCAAAUGGGUAUGAAUCAAAAUUCAUCAAACAGAUUCUUGAAGAAAUUUUGUGUAAAGUUAACCCAGCUCCCUUGCAUGUUGCCAAACACGAAAUCGGAAUAAUGUCUCGUGUUAAUGAUAUUAAAGAUUUAUUAAAUCUUGGAACAACUGACGUUCGCGUUGUGGGCAUUUACGGAAUGGGUGGUAUUGGCAAAACAACCCUAGCAAAAGCUGUCUAUAAUGAAAUAUGUGCUGCAUUUGAAGGAAGUAGUUUUCUUUCAAACUUUAAAGAAAGCUUAGAAAAGUCUGAUGGCUUAGUUCAUUUACAAGAACAAUUUCUUAAUGAUAUCUUGAAAAUGAAUUUGAAGAUUGAUAAUGGUGAUAGAGGAAUUAGUAUAAUUACGGAAAGAAUUUGUGGAAAAAAAGUUCUUGUUGUUGUUGAUGAUGUAGAUGACUUUGAAAAACUACACUCGUUAGUUGAAAAGGAAUGGCUUGGUCCGGGUAGUAGAAUCAUUAUAACUACCAGAGAUGAACACGUGUUAAGUCCAUUGAGAGCAGAUAAGAAAUAUAAGGUCAGAGAAUUGGAUGAUUGGGAGUCUCUUCAACUGUUCCGUUGGCAUGCUUUCGAAAUGAUCAAUCCAAAAGAAGAUUACUCAGAGCUUUCAAUUAAAGCAAUUCGUUACGCUGGAGGUAUUCCAUUAGUUCUUGUGCUUUUGGGUUCUUUUCUUAAAGAUAGAAGCGUAGUUGAAUGGGAAAGUGAAUUGAAAAAAUUAGAAAUAACUCCUUAUGACAAGAUUCAAAAUGUACUUCGAAUAAGUUUUGAUUCAUUGGACGAGUAUACAAAGGGCAUAUUCCUUGAUAUUGCAUGUUUCUUUGUUGACAUGGAUGAAAAAUAUGUUAUGAAAAUACUUGAUGGUUGUAAUUUCUUUCCAAAGAUUGGCAUCCCUAUUCUCAUUCAGAAGUCACUUGUGACAAUUGAUGACAAAAAGAUUUUGAGGAUGCAUAGUCUUAUUCGAGAUAUGGGAAGGGAGAUUAUUCAUGGAGAGUCACCGAAUUUGCCAGGAAAACGUAGUAGAUUGUGGUUUCAUGAGGAUGCAUCAAAUGUAUUACAUGAACAUACGGGAAUUGAAACAGUUGAGGGUCUAAUCUUAAAAGUAUUUGGCAAAGAUAUUCACAUCAAAACUGAAGCAUUUACCAAUAUGAAGAGUUUGAGAUUACUUCAAAUCGAUUAUGUUCAUCCAGGGACGGAGCCAGAAGUUCUUAUGGGAAAUUGGGGGUGGCUAUGGCCCCUGUUAGCGCCCCCCUCCCUCCGUCCCUGUGUUCAUCUCAAAGGAUCUUAUGAGCAUCUCUCUGAAAAGCUAAGAUGGCUUCGGUGGCAUAAGUGCCAUUUGCAAUUUCUACCACAAAAUUUUCAUCUAGAAAACCUUGUUAUUCUUGACAUGCAGUAUAGUAAUCUCAAACAAGUUUGGAAGAAGAACAAAAUACUCAACAAGUUGAAGGUCCUUAAUCUUAGCCAUUCCAAAUAUCUCACCAAAUCACCAAACUUCUUUGAAAUGCCACAACUGGAGACACUAAUACUUGAAGGUUGCACAAGUUUGGUUGAGAUUCACGUGUCCAUUGGAUGUUUGAAAAACCUUGUUUUGCUGAAUUUAAACGGAUGCAAGAGUCUUAUGAAUCUUCCAAGUAGCAUUUCUAACUUAAGAUCUCUCAAAACUCUAGAUUUGUCUGGCUGCUUACAAGUUGACAAGUUACCGGAUCAAGUAGGGAGUAUGAUUGCUUUAACAGAGCUACUUGCAGAUGGAAUUGCUAUUAAGCAAUUACCAUCCUCCUUUGGUCUUUUGAAGAAUCUUGAGAUUGCAUCAUUAUCUAGACCUAAAGAACAAUCCUCAAAAUCUUGGUUGUCACUUCUCUUAUCAUUGAUGUCACCAAAAAGCUUGAACCCAUUAUGUUUUCUACCACCUUCUAUUUCUGGAUUACGUUCUUUGACAAAACUAAAUCUCUCUGGGCGUAAUUUAUCUGAAGAUAUGUUUCCUGUUGAUUUUGAGAGUUUGUCUUCACUCAAGUUUUUAGAUUUAUCAAGAAACAAUUUUCGUAACCUACCUGAUGGCAUCGGUCGCCUUUCGAAAUUGUUCAAUUUCCAGUUACAAGAGUGUACGACUCUUCAAUCAAUUUCAGGACUCUUCUCAAGUGUAGCUAUGUUGGAUGCAAGCAAUUGUACGUCAAUGGAACGACUCUCAGUUUCAUCAAACCGCAAGAGUGGACUAUAUUUGUACCUUCGUAAUUGCCACAAAUUGACUGAGAUUCAAGGCUCGGAGAAUCGGGAAAUUUCUGCUAUUCACAAUCAAGCAUAUAAUUUUAUGAGUCAUCUCCAGUGUCCGUUAACCAUGGGCGAUGAUGAGUCUCGUGUCAUUUUCCUCCCUGGUAGUGAGGUUCCAAAUUGGUUCAGCCACAGGGGACAUGGGGUUUCAGUAUCCUUCCAUGUACCUUCAAUUUCAAAGGGUCAAUUCCUUCGGUUGCUUAUUUGUGUUGUUUGUUCUUUUAAUGCAACCUUUGAUAUAAGAUAUUAUCGUUACCAUCUUGGCGUGAACAUCCGAAAUAAAACUAGAGGCAACUCUAAAUUGCUUCUGCCAAAUCAUAAUGCCGCUUUUGAGGAUGAGGACUCCUCUGUUUCUAUUAUGGAUCGAUUCUACUCUGUUCCACAAAGAAAAAAAGGAGAAAAAUAUCAUUUGUUUCUAUUUCUGACGCCACUCAUAAGAAAUAAAUAUGAGCUGGAAAGUGGACUCAUAUUUAAUGAAUUGGUGAUGGAAAGUGGAGAAGAAAUUGAGGUGAGAUGCGGACAUUGGCAAAAUGUUGACGUGAAGAAGUGCGGAGUUCAUGUAGUAGUUGACGAGCCAAAAGUAACGUAAGAAUAUGUUACGAUGAAGAAGAAGUUUAGUUGUUGUCUUUUAGUUUUAGUGGCUACGUACGUUGCAGUAGUAGAAAUAAGGAUAUUACCCCUCAAACCACGAUUUCUUUUCCAAACCAUCCCUCUCUAUCUACCCUUGUACCGCCCAUGGGCCAAAACAUCAAGAAGUGGAAGCCGAUGCUGAAUAUAUAGCGAAGCUUGGAUUGAGGUGGUCAUAGCCAGAUGUGAAGUAGCCUCGGGAUUCAAUAGUUGACUCAUAUAAGCAAUGUGUUGGUGAUUUUUUCUUCUUUUUUCCUGAGCAUUUGUUGGGUGAUUUCAAAUUGUGUAACGACAAGACGUUUGCAUGUGAGACAUAAGGAUCUUGUAAUUGGUGCUGAUGGCAACUUUUGCUGUUCAUUUUGUUGAUGUAAAAGUCAUAUCAAUUUUGAGCGAGUUUAAGGAAGACAUGCGUCUUUUUAGCAUUACUCAUGUUGUAUAGUUGAGACAUGAAGGACUCCAAGAUUAUGUAUGGAGAUUUGGAGUGUGUUCGAA